AUGUCCUUUUCCCUUCAAAACAACGCCGUCGCCCGAAAGCGUCAACUGUCGUUCCACUUUACAAACACAUCAAAAUCUUACGUCUUUACCCAAAGUAGUCAUCUGCGACUCAAGGUGGUCUUGCGUCUUACCACUUUCGGCGAGUCGCAUUUGCGUUUCAUGUCGUCAACUACACCUCAGCUCGUCAACCUUCUCACUCUGCACUCCUCCGAGGUUUGA